AUGAGAUUCACACGGCCAUGGCUCGCAGUGGCGGGUCUGAGCCUGCUGUCUGCCUCAGCAUCUGCUGAAUCACAGCAAUCAGCCUUUGGAAUCGAGACAACAGCACCUGAUGGCUUCACCCACAAGCAUGAAGCAGGAAGAUGUGCCAUUCGUGGACAUUGUGGCAAGCAAGGCUUCUUCGGCUCUGAUCUGCCAUGCCCCGAUAACGGUCUGGCUGAAGAGCCCACUGCCAGCACACGCAAGACUCUCAUGGCUAUCUGUGGUGAUAAGUGGGCUGAAGGCCCGGUGUGUUGCACAGACGAGCAACUGGGCGCCCUCAGCUCCAACCUCAAGCGCGCUGAAUCCAUCAUUGGCGCUUGUCCCGCUUGCAAGGACAACUUCUUCAACCUCUUCUGUACUUUCACCUGCUCUCCCGACCAAUCUCUGUUCGUCAACGUCACCAGCACUGCUCCCAAGGGCGACAAACUGCUGGUGACCGAACUUGAUCAGCUCGUCUCCGAAGACUAUGGAGGCGCCUUCUACAACAGCUGCAAGGACGUCAAGUUUGGAGCCACUGGAGGAAAGGCUAUGGACCUGAUUGGUGGUGGUGCAAAGAACUACACCCAGUUCCUAAAGUUCCUAGGUGACAAAAAGCCUUUUGGCAGUCCCUUUCAAAUCAACUUCCCUAUUCCCAGCGAGGCCGACUUUCCUGGUAUGGAGCCUGGAUCCGACAAGGCACAUCCUUGCAACAGCACUGAUGAGAGAUACAAGUGCGCUUGCGUAGACUGCGCUGCUUCGUGCCCUGAGCUGCCUUCAGUCAAGGAAGCACACGAGUGCAAGGUCGGUGUGUUGCCGUGCCUGUCUUUCGCUGUCAUCAUCGUCUACUCUGUCUUCCUGUUCCUCCUGAUCCUGGCUGUCUCUGGCCACGUUGCUUAUGCUAAGCACACCAAGAGCCGCAAUGAACGUUUGAGAUUGUUGCAGGAUGCUUCUCCUAGCGAUGAUGAAGACGAAGGUGACAUUGUACACCAGGCUGGCCUCCUCGAAAAGCCUACCAGAAAUUACCCUCUCAACACAGUCUGUGACAGAAUCUUCUCCCGUCUCGGUCGAACUGCUGCCACAUUCCCUGCUAUCACAAUCAGCUCUUCGGUCAUCAUAGUAGCUUUGCUUAGCCUAGGCUGGAUGCGCUUCGCCCUCGAGACCGAUCCUGUCAAGUUGUGGGUCUCUCCUGACUCUGAAGCUGCAAAGGAGAAGGCCUUCUUCGACCAGUCCUUUGGCCCUUUCUUCAGAGCCGAGCAAGUCUUCCUGGUCAAUGACACUCAGCUUACAGGUCCUGGUCCCGUUCUCUCUUACGACACACUCAACUGGUGGUUCGAUGUCGAAAAUCGCAUUCGCAGAAUGAAGUCUAUCGAUGGUGGUUACACGCUCGAUGACGUCUGCUACAAGCCAACCGGCGAUGCUUGUGUGGUCCAAUCUCUGACCGGUUAUUUCGGUGGUGACUUUGACGCUCUUGAUCCCGACUUGUGGGCCGAGGAUCUCGAGGCUUGUGCUGACACUCCCGUCAACUGUCUACCUGAUUUCCAGCAACCGCUCAACCCUCGUUACCUCUUUGGUGGCUACAAUGGCAGUGUUAUCAACUCUACCGCUAUCGUGGUCACUUGGGCUGUUACCAACCACGCCGAGGAUACUUUCGAGCUCGAGAGAGCUAUGGACUGGGAAGAGAGUCUCAAGGGACUCCUGCUCACCGUUCAGGAAGAAGCUGCCGAACACGGCCUCCGUCUCUCUUUCAACACUGAGAUCAGUUUGGAACAAGAGCUCAACAAGUCAACCAACACUGACGCCAAGAUCGUUGUUGUCAGCUAUCUGAUCAUGUUUUUGUAUGCAUCCAUCGCUUUGGGUGCCACUACUUUGACUGUCAGAGAUGUGCUCAACAAUCCUGCAAAUGCUCUCGUUCAGUCCAAGUUCAUGCUUGGUGUCGUCGGUAUCCUGAUUGUGCUCAUGUCUGUCUCGGCCUCCGUUGGUCUCUUCGCUGCUGCUGGUGUCAAGGCGACUCUGAUCAUCGCUGAGGUCAUUCCAUUCUUGGUUCUUGCAGUUGGUGUGGACAACAUCUUCCUUAUCGUCCACGAGUUUGAGCGUGUCAACAUCAGCCAUGCCGACGAGCCGAUUAGCGAAAGGAUUGCAAAAGCCCUUGGCCGUAUGGGUCCCAGUAUUCUUCUGUCUGCGACCACGGAAACCGUUGCAUUCGCUCUUGGUGCUGCUGUCGGUAUGCCCGCCGUCCGCAACUUCGCUGCUUACGCAGCUGGAGCAGUUUUCAUCAACGCCAUCUUGCAAGUCACUAUGUUCAUAUCGGUUCUGGCUCUUAAUCAAAAGCGUGUCGAGGCCGGUCGCGCAGACUGCUUCCCCUUCGUCAAGGUCAAGGGUGCUGACUCCAACUCUAUGGCUAUCGCUGGUAUGCCUGGUUUGGCAGGUAUUGAGGAGGAGGGUACACUUCAACGCUUCAUUCGCAAGACUUAUGCCCCUGCUCUGCUCGGAAAGAAGACUAAGACUGCUGUCAUCACCAUCUUUCUUGGUUUCUUCACCAUUGGUCUUGCCCUCCUGCCUGGUGUCGAGCUUGGACUCGACCAACGCAUUGCAAUCCCUUCCGACUCAUACCUGAUCAAGUACUUCGACGAUCUAUACGACUACUUUGAGGCUGGACCACCAGUCUACUUCGUCACCAAGGACCUCAACGCAACUGCCCGUCAGCACCAGCAGCAGAUUUGUGGUCGCUUCUCUACUUGCGAGGAGUUCUCUCUGGCCAAUAUCCUCGAGCAAGAGCGUAAGCGACCAGAGAUCAGUUACAUCUCUGACUCGACUGCCAGCUGGAUUGAUGACUUCUUGUUCUGGCUCAACCCUUCACUCGAAGAGUGCUGUGUUGAUGGAUCCCAAACCUGUUUCGAGAACCGCAACCCUCCAUGGAACGUCACCCUUCACGGUAUGCCCGAAGGCCAGGAGUUUGUCUCAUAUCUCGAACGUUGGCUCGAGUCGCCUACCACUAGUGAAUGUCCCUUGGCUGGCAAAGCCGCGUAUGGUAAUGCUCUCGUUGUUGACAACAGCAGUCUGAGCAUUCCAGCCUCGCACUUCCGUACAUCACACACGCCAAUGCAUAGUCAGAGUGACUUCAUCGCGGCUUACAAGUCCGCUCGCCGCAUUGCGAAUGACAUUACAGCUCGCACCGGUGUCGAAGUCUUCCCUUACAGCAAGUUUUACAUCUUCUUCGACCAGUAUGUCUCGAUUGUACGCCUCUCUGGUGCUCUUAUCGGGGGCGCUCUGGGUUUCAUUCUGGUGUUGAGCAGUGUUCUCCUCGGAUCUCUGGCGACCGGUCUUGUUGUGACCGUGACUGUCGGUAUGACUGUCGUUGACAUCAUUGGCACCAUCUCACUGGCUGGCGUCUCGCUCAAUGCUGUCUCCCUUGUCAACCUUAUCAUCUGUGUUGGUAUCUCGGUUGAGUUCUGCGCUCACAUCGCCCGUGCAUUUUCAGUACCCUCGCCAUCGCUCCUUGAACGCUGCCACAGCUUCCGUGGCAAGGAUGCUCGUGCUUGGGCUGCGCUGGUCAACGUGGGUGCUUCGGUCUUCUCAGGUAUCACUGUCACCAAGCUUCUUGGUGUCUUUGUGCUCGCCUUCACUCGCAGCAAGAUCUUCGAGAUCUACUACUUCCGAGUCUGGUUGGCACUUGUCAUCUGGGCUGCUCUGCACGCGUUGGUCUUCUUGCCGGUUGCUUUGAGCUUCUUCGGCGGUGUUGGCUACGCAGAUCCCGAUGCAGAUGGCGGUCUUGAGCAAGAUCUUGCCAGCAGACGUUACCGCGCUAUGAUGCCGGAUGAGGAGUACUACUCAGACGAGUACUAG